UUUAAUAAUAAUAUUAAAAAAAAUAUAUAAUAAUAUAAACAAUAUAUUUCCUAUAUCAUCUUUAAGUUCUUCACAAAAAUGCAAAAUUCCAUCAGUCGCUCAAUCAUUUCGACCACUAUGGAAAUUCCAAAACAUGUUGUUAUUGGUAAAUUGAUUGGUCGUAGAGGACGUAAAAUAAAACCUAUUGAAAAGGGGACUGGUACACACAUUCUCAUUACAACAGAAGAUAAUCUUCGACAAAUUGAAAUUAGAAUAAAUAGAGAUGUUAAAGAUAAAAAUGAAAAUAUUUCACCUGGGGAGAGGAUCAAUGAAGCAAUAUGUCAAGUAGACAAGUUAAUAGAAGAUAUUGAAAUGAGAAAUCGAAGAAAAGAUAUAGAAAAAGAGGGAAAAAAUGGUAGAAUUUCAGAUAAUCGUAAUCAACAACACGCUACACCAAGAAAUCAUAAAAAUAACGAUCCGAAGGAAAAAAGAAAAAGGCCUAAGCGAAGAGUUCCACAUACGACACAAAACGAAAAAAUUAAAUCUUUAGAUUCUUGUAACUCUCCCGCACAACAAAAAAAUAAAUAG